CGUACUUAUGAGAGCGACCCUGCUGUGGGAUUCAAGAAAUCAACAUGGGUGUUAAAAUUGAAGUAUUUCGGAUGAUGCUGUAUCUGUCCUUUCCAGUGGCAAUGUUCUGGGUCUCAAAUCAAGCAGAGUACUUUGAGGAAUACAUUGUCAAGAGAAAGCGGGAGAUUUUCCCACCAGACGAGAAGAUGCAGAGACAAGAGCUUGAAAAUUUUAAGGAGCGCAUGAGAAAUCGGAAAGAACAGCGGGUAUUGAAGGAGAUUGGGAUGGAGUCUAAGGAAUGAUGACGUGGAAGAGAUGGUAGAAUGUUUCCAUUCUUCGGUCCAGAGCCUGGUGGCUCAAACACAUUCUGUGCUGCAAAAGCACUGCUGUGUUGUAGGAGACACUUCCAUUUUGGCUCUGGUAUCAUAAGAAAUGUACAAAGUUACAGAAAAUGUUUGAAAGUUCACUAUCUUCUGAAAGUCAGAAAUCAUUCUGAAAAAGCUGACAUGUUUUUGUAUAUAUGAAAGUUAAAAUAUUAAACAAUCUUAAUGCCUUGAGCUUCAUCAUUUGAAACAUUAUUGGUG